AUGAGUAAAUUAUCUGAACAUGGAGACACUCCAGAGCCCUGUGCACCACAAAAGAGAAGGUACCAAUGGAAGAAUUACCAAUAUGCCCUGUCCUUUCUCUUUGCCAUUGAGGAGAUCAAUAAGAGCCUCCAUUUGCUCCCUAACCUUUCCCUUGGUUAUGAUCUCUACAAUGCAUUUACUAGUGACAAAAGAACUUUACAAAAUCCUCUGUUUUUGCUCUCUGGAGGGAAUCAGAUCCUGCCAAACUACAACUGCCAGACACAGAAACAACCUGUUGCUAUCAUUACAGGAGACACGCCAACAUUUUCAGCCCAAGUUGGAACCCUUUUGGAACUCUCUAAAAUCCCACAGGUCACAUAUGGUCCUUUUGACUCCAUUCUAAGUGAUAAAGACCAAUUUCCAUCAGUUUAUCAGAUGGCCACCAAGGACAGCUCUCUGGCUCAUGGAAUCGUCUGUUUGUUGCUGCAUUUUGGUUGGACGCUUCAUCCAUUUCUGAGGAAAAACCAACUGACAAACAGCACUGGGUACAACGUGCCCCUGUAUGAAGAAAGAAAUAUGAUACAGUAUGAUAUUCACAAUCUUGUGAGAUUUCCUAAUCACAGUUGGCUUUUGGUUAAAGUAGGAGACUUUAUCUACAGGAAUUCCUAUGAUCAAGGUUUGGACAUCAGAGAAGAGAUGAUAAAGUGGACAUUUGCUUUUGCUCCAAAUGCAAAGCAGUGUAUCCAGUGCCCUUCUCAAGAGUAUCCAAACAGUGAGAGAACUCACUGCCUUCUCAAGUCUGUGACAUUCCUAGAUUUUGAGGAUGCUUUGGGAACAGCCAUGGCCUGCAUGGCUCUGUGUUUCUUUGUCCUCACAGUAGUAGUUUUGGGAGGUUUUGUGAAGCACCGAGACACUCCCAUUGUCAAGGCCAACAACCAGGCUCUCAGCUUCAUUCUGCUCAUCUCCCUCCUACUGUGCUUCCUCUGAUCCUUGCUCUUCAUUGGCCAUCCUAAUGCAGCCACCUGUGUCCUCCAACAAGUUGCAUUUGGCCUUGUGUUCACUGUGGCUGUUUCCACUGUUUUGACCAAAACCAUUACUGUGAUUUUGGCAUUCAAAACCAUGAAACCUGGAAGAACAAAGAGAUGCUUGCUGCUCUCAGGGGCUUCUAACUCUGUCAUUCCCAUUUGCUCCCUGAUCCAAAUGAUUAUCUGUGGAAUCUGGCUGGGAACCUCUCCCCCUUUCAUUGACAUAGACUCACAUUCUGAGCCCAGAAACCUCAUCAUUGUGUGCAACAAGGGCUCAGUCACUGCCUUCUACUGUGUCCUGGGCUACCCGGGCUUCUUGGCUGUGGGGAGUUUCACUGUGGCUUUUCUGGCCAGGAAACUUCCUGAUACAUUCAAUGAAGCCAAGUUCCUCACAUUCAGCAUGCUGGUAUUCUGCAGUGUCUGGGUCAUAUUUGUCCCCGUCUACCACAGCACCAAGGGGAAGUUCAUGGUGGCUGUGGAAGUCUUCUCCAUCUUGGCCUCCAGUGCAGGGCUCUUAGGCUGCAUCUUUGCCCCCAAGUGUUACAUUAUUCAUAUAAGACCCAAUGAGAACUCCUGGAAAGCUUUAAAAAACAGAAGGGGUUCCAAAUUAAACAGACAUUCUAAGGUUUUAUCUCAUAAGCCUGUAUCACAAUUUUAG